AGCUGGCGGAACGUGUCUUUUAUGUCAGGCACUCAACAACCACCUCCAACCACGCCUCACGUCGCCAAACCUCUGCCGCUCUUUUCGCCGCGACCAGCGACCCACGCACCGCCAUGAUGAACCUCUUCCGACUGCUGGGGGAUUUAUCCCACCUGCUAUCCAUCCUGAUUCUGCUGCAUAAGAUGAAAGUGUCGAGCAGCGCGUCCGGCAUCUCGUUCAAGUCACAAUUCCUCUAUCUGAUGGUCUAUCUCACGCGUUACGUCGACCUGCUGUGGACCUUCUACGAACCCAAAUCGCUCUACAACACCAUUUUCAAGAUCAUCUUCAUCAGCACAUCCGCCUACACUGUCUACCUCAUGCUCAAUGACUACAAGCCGACGCACGACCCGAACCUUGACACGUUCAAGGUGCAAUAUUUGCUGGGAGCGAGCGCGGUGUUGGCGAUACUGUUUCCGUACAAAUACACAUUCUCUGAGAUUCUCUGGGCUUUCUCCAUCUGGCUGGAAUCAGUAGCCAUUCUGCCCCAGCUCUUCAUGCUGCAAAGAACCGGCGAGGCGGAGACGAUUACGACACACUACCUGUUCGCGCUGGGUGCGUACCGGGCUCUGUACAUUCCCAACUGGAUCUACCGCUACUUCUUCGAGGUGCCCAAGUUCUACGACCCGAUUGCGGUGAUUGCUGGCAUCAUCCAGACGAUCCUGUACUCUGAUUUCUUCUACAUUUACUACACCAAGGUCAUCCAAGGCAAGAAGUUCAACCUGCCCGUAUAGACCGCGCGCGCAUGGACGCUGCUCCCUUCUGCUGUUGGCGGCCGAGUUCGGUCCUACUCUGCUUCGUAUCUGGGCAUAUUUGUGUUAGGUGGGCGUUUUGUGGCAUUUUUAUGGAAGGAGGUAGCCUUUGAUAGUUGGUUGGCUGGGCGUUGCACGAGUUGGACGACAUCACACGACGGGUGAAUGCGCAUGUAGGAAGAUACCUUGAAAUGAAUAGACGUGAGAUGGUCAUGGUGUUAUGUCGAGCAUGCAAGCGAUAAGGCUGAGAUACGGAAAAGCAGUGCAUGCAUGGGUGCGCCACCGACUGCAGCCUCGAGGCAUCAAGGGGAGCCUGGAGGUGCGCUGCCAAUCAGCGGACGCUAAUUCGGAGGCCAGGACUCCGCAGCAUCUCACAGCCGUCAGCCCUCGCAACCUUUGA